GCCACUCCGUCGACGAGAUUGGGUGCUUGGCCGUCCCCGCGCCAUUAGCGCGUAACGAGGUACAGCUUGCUGCGGCAGAGACGCCAGAGGUGCAGCUCCAGCAGCAAUGGCAGUAACGGCGUUGGUGGCGCGGACGUGGCUUGGCGUGUGGGGCGUGAGGACCAUGCAAGCCCGAGGCUUCGGCUCGGAUCAGUCCGAGAAUGUCGACCGGGGCGCGGGCUCCAUCCGGGAAGCCGGUGGGGCCUUCGGAAAGAGAGAGCAGGCUGAAGAGGAACGAUAUUUCCGGUCUCCAAAACAUCCCACGGCUCAACUCCUCCUUUGUCAUUACCAUCUCCCGCGUGGAGUUCUCCUCGGGUGGUGCGAAACGCCCCCAGAUUCUUCGCACAGUAUCUAGAUCCGACCGUCUAACACUUGCCUCCCAGCCUGACUCCCUCGGCCCUCACCCACCUGUCACCCCCUCUACGCUCUCCUUCCUCCCCAGCACGCCUUAGCUUUGCAAGCCUGCAUGCAUUCAGGCUUCUCAGGUGUUUCUAGACCCCCGACUCCGCAAGAGUGAGGAUCAUGGGAGCUGGUCAUGGGAGCUACUUAGGGUUGGACUACACCAUCUCCUAAAGGCUUUUGCCCUACUCAGCCCAGCCUAGAUCUGUGGAUUUCCCGCUCCUGCUUAGAAGUAUGGAGUGGGCUGGGCCUCCCUUUACCAGCCCUGAGUUAUCUUUAACUGACUUCUGUCCACUCUGGAGAGCAGUGAGGAAUUAAUCUUGCUUUUGCUUGUCCUUUGGCCUUUCACUUCUGCCUUCUGUUGAGAAUUAUCACCAUGACACCUGCCAUACCGUAUAGAGAGCCAAGGUACUGCUGUUAGAGACUAUCUAAUUGAUCCCCUUCAUUUUGUAGUUAAGGAAAACUGAGGCCUAAAUGUGGCCAAACCAACAUUGUAAUCCAGUCCCUUCUUGGUACCUAAAUUGAACUGCCAAAUACUGCCCAUGCAGGAGACCUUUUAUUGGCCUUACAGCGGGCCAUUCAUUUCUAUAGGCAAAGAAAGCUCUAGACAGAUUGGAAUAGGAAAUGGAUAUUGGCCUUUUAACCACACCCCUUUGUCCCCAUUUUGUUCCUUUUUUUUCCCCCCCCUAAAGGGGUUCCCUGGGUUGUUCCCCUCAUAAGGUAUUAGGGACUUGUGUCACAUCUCUCUGGAGUUUUCUAUUUUAAAGAGGAAUCUGAAAGCAAUAAGAUCUUAAUGUGGUUGUUCCCCUCAUAAGGUAUUAGGGACUUGUGUCACAUCUCUCUGGAGUUUUCUAUUUUAAAGAGGAAUCUGAAAGCAAUAAGAUCUUAAUGAUGGAAUUUAAGCCACUAGCACCAGUGAA